AUGCACCGUACGCGCCACUCGUCGCUGGACUGCUCGGGCGGCGUUGACUCCGAGCCGCGACCAGAAUCACCCACACGCCGUCAUCGACACCAUCCAGGAGCCGACAUCAACGUCGAUCGUCGGCGGAUAAAGCCACGAGGUAUGUCCAUGAGUGAAGCUGGAAUACCGCCCAUGACGGUUGACGCUUGGCGGCCACUUGGUCGGCGUUUGACGUCUCCACCCCCAACGCUUACGAGUUCUCCCGAAUCGCUGUCACCCCCUUCGUUGGCUGACAAUCAGAUGGACCAUCGUGGAGCUUUAGAUGCGCACGUGAAUCCAAUUUCUACAACGUUUGGAAGCACUUCGCCGCUCGGAGAUAUUGAAGAUGCCAAUUUCAAAAAUAUUGCCAGUUUCCGUGGUGUGGUGAGUUCGUGUUUGUCUUCAUCGGGAUCGUCUAUCUACGAUUCGUUAUCUGAUGAAGAACAGCUUCAAGAGCCGUCUUCAAACCAACUUGAUGCAGCUUCGAUUCCAGCUUCACCGUCUGUAGAUCCAUCUUUCGCUGAAGCGUGUUUCCCCAUGCUCUCACAGAUUCCUUUGCCUCCAAGAAGUAUUAGUGUUGACAGUGGCAAUGGGGCUCGUGCUGGAUCGAUGGUUCAUGUUAAGUCUCCUGUUUUGGGCAAUAGGAAGGAUGCACAGACGUGGCACCUGCAGGACGAAGAAUUUUUGACAUCACCACGUUUUGGAUCGUCAUUACGAAAACCCGACGGGGGACAUGCUGACAUGUUUCGUGAUAAUAGUGUUGGUUCACUGCUUUCCACUGAGGCCAGCAACCAAUAUAUAGACAACUACAACAGCCACACCAGGUUGUCAAAGGAUUCGCGAGCUUUAUCGGUCGACUUUACUUUGCAGUGCACGCCCGAUAUCAACCCCCCACUACCUCCACCACAAGAGCCAUCGCAACGAUUGCGUGCUCGCUCAUUCUCAUAUUCACCAGCGUAUGGAUCAGCUGGAUACAAUAUGUUUAAUGGUAAUAAGCAGUAUGCACUCCCACCUCACCACCACAUGCAGCACCAACAAGCAAUAGGGCAAGCAUUCCUGCAAACUUCUCGAAGUUUUCAUUCUGGAAGUGGUAUGAUGCAACAUGGUCAACCGCUGCCACCUAUUCGUCCCCCGCGAAUUAGUGUUCCGAUAGAUUCUCCUAUGCAUCAGUAUCAGUAUGGACCGCCGAUGCCGUAUCGCCGGUACUCUGAUGCAUUUGCAAUGGCGCCAUAUCCUGAAACCUUCGAUACUGAACAACCGGAGAAAUUGCCUCAUCAGAAUAGUUCGAGUCGCGUGAUACGAUCAUACAGUGUGGAAUAUGGCAAUUUUUCGUCUUCGCGCCAAAUACGUAGCCAGUCUAUGGAGGGUCCCCAAUUCUUUGCGUCAGCACCCCCGAUGGAGUACUCCCCAUCUUUAAACCGUAGUAAUUCUGCUGGCGUUGGUCUCGAUUGGUCACGCGGGCACAUGGAGUCUGCUCCACCAUUACCCCCUGAUGUUCGAAUGGGCGCUAAUGGCACUCGUCACUCUUCACCACCUGAAGCUUACUAUGACGUAGAAUUCAAACGGGGUCGACAGGAAAUGUUUGCUGGCCGCGCAUCUUACAUGCCUGGUGAAUACGUUAAGGUGGAGGCAGACCGAGGAGAGGAUAUUGGACGGAUCGUCCAACGGAGCCAAGAUAUCUCGACUAUUGGCGCGGCUGAAUCUGCAGGCCUUGGAGAUGAAUCAAUGGGGCGGAGCAAGCGCCAUGAUCUUCCGACCAAAAAGAUAUUAUGUGUGGCAAACCAGCGAGAGUGUGAAAUGCUGAACGAGCAGCGUAAAGAGGAGCAUGAAGUCUUUGAAGUGUGCAAGAGUAAAGUGCGCCAGCGUCUCCUUCCGAUGAAUGUGAUUGAUGCUGAAUAUCAGUUUGAUCGUCACAAACUAACCUUUUUCUUUGAAGCAGACCGUCGUAUUGAUUUCCGUGAGCUUGUGCGGGAUCUCUUCGCUAUCUACAAGACGCGCAUCUGGCUUCAACAAGUCGUCUCCUCCGGAAAGAAAUUAGGAAAUGAAUGA